CAGAAUAAAGUUCCUAUACGUAUCCCAUAAGUUUGGAUGACUACUAAAAACUUGGAACUGGAUAAGAAUGCCCUUAUGCCUCCACGUUUCAUAGUCCUUCAAAUUAUCUUUUAUUAUACAAUAUUAACAUCAUUAUAAAUUUCUUUCUCGUACGGCAAUAAAACAAUUCUUGUCUACGUAUUAAAUACAUAGGGGGGAAGACUAGAAAUGAUCAGGCCAAUCCUCCGCUCAAAAGCUCGUUGGAUUAUGCCUUACUUGGUAGCUCCAAGAGCUUCCUCAGUCUGUAAAGACCCUUUUCACUGCUCAACUUUUUCUGGUUUAACCAAUUCCUUUCUGGGCCUUCCCAGAAGAUGUUCUGGCUCAGAUCACCAAAGAAUGGCGAAGACAAAUUUUGCACAAGUUGAGGAAACCCAUUUCAGAUUACUGCCUUCUAUCAAAAGGAACCCCAUUCUGAGGUUUGAAGGUCCAAGUGAUGAUAACUCUGGACUUGCUAAAAGCCAUUUAGGCUUUAAAGUUGGAAAUUUGGAUUCAUUUGAUGAAAUGAAACAGAGGUUCCUGAAUUUCAAGAAACGUGUAUAUUUGGAAGAAUUGGAGCAUUAUCGUAUACUUGCCGAAGUACAAGCACCUAAGAAACAGUUUAUGGUGAUUGCUUGUGUAGACUCAAGGGUAUGCCCUUCUAACAUCCUAGGAUUUCGGCCCGGUGAAGCCUUCAUGAUUCGAAACGUUGCAAACUUUGUUCCUCCACUUGAAAAUGGACCAUCAGAAACCAAUGCUGCGCUCGAGUUUGCGGUAAAUACUCUACAAGUCGAAAAUAUAUUAGUCAUUGGACACAGUAGAUGUGCAGGAAUUGAGACCCUCAUGAACAUGCAAGAUGAUGUCAAUUCAAGCUUUGUUCACAACUGGAUGACCAAAGCGAAAGCUGCCAAGUUUAAAACAAAAGUAGCUGCGCCACACCAUAGUUUUGACAAACAAUGUAGACAUUGUGAGAAGGAAUCGGUCAAUAUUUCGUUGCUUAAUUUAUUGACAUACCCGUGGAUAGAAGACAGGGUGAGGAAAAACCAGCUCUCAGUCCAUGGUGGGUAUUAUGAUUUCUUGAAUUGUACAUUUGAGAAGUGGACUCUUGAUGUCAAGGGUAGCGACAUUGAUGGUGGUAGAUAUUUGGUCAAAGAUCACGCAUUUUGGUCUUGAUUUUGUUGCUUAAUUUCUUGUCAUACUGUGAUGUGGAAAUGGAGGUUUUUCUGGUAAGUAGGGGAACUGCAUUGUAAACGGAGUCCAAAUGUAUUACAAAACAAAUUCACACUUGUGUGGUGUAACUUUUUUUCUUCUUUUCCC